AUGACACUUUGUCCGCUGUUGCUGGUGCUUUGCGCUGCCCUCACAAACGCUGUCCACCUCUGUCCCCUCCUUGGACCUAGCUGGCCUGCUCCAACACAUCUCCCCGACGAUCCCACGGUCCAAUCGGCGCUGCAGAACAUUACCACGACUAUUCAGGAUGCUAUCAGGGCUGGAAAUUUCUCUGGAAAUUCCCUGUCUUUACAGAUAUUUGACACAAGCAGUUCCCGUUCAUUGCUUACUUUGUCCCACACGGCCGAGGCUAUCAAUACCACCAUUGGCGUGAGCGAGGUUGACGAGAACACGGUUUUCCGCAUUGGCAGCGCCUCCAAGAUUUUCACUAUGCUUCUGCUUCUGAUUGAAGACGGUUUCAAUAUCUUGCAAGACCCGGUUGCUAAGUACAUUCCUGAAAUUCAGGCGGCCGUUGUUGAUCUUCUCCGGAAUUCCACCAAAAGACGUGACGGGAUCAACUUUACCAAGUGGAAUGAAGUGACGGUUGGAGAGCUGGCGAGCUACUUGGCUGGUAUAGCAAGAGACUAUGGUAUCCUUGACCUCACUGAGCAAGCUCCUUUGCUUGAGUCAUUAGGAUUUCCUACCCUGCCCCCGGCGCAGAUUCCGCCCUGCGGUGUGCCGAAUCCCUGCAGCAGAAAGCAGUUCUUCAAUGGGUUACUCCAGGCCCAUCCUAUUGUCCCUACAUCCUCGACACCAAUCUACUCCAAUGCUGGCUUUCAGAUCCUUGGAUAUGUCCUAGAGGCGAUAGCUGGCAAAGACUUCGAGAAAGUAUUAAAGAAGGAUCUUAUCAAGCCACUGAAUCUGACUCACACAUUCUAUAACACGCCCAGCACAUCGCUCGGUGUUAUCCCUAUUUCGCAGGGCGAAUACUGGUGGAAUUUCAAUAUUGGCGAAGAGGCACCUGCUGGUGGAAUCUACUCAUCCGCAAAGGACAUGUCAAUCUUUGGUCGCGCCAUUCUCAACAGCACUCUUCUUCCCCGGUCAAUCACAAGACGGUGGAUGAAACCGCUCACUCACACAUCAUCCCUGGGUUACGCUGUUGGCGCGCCAUGGGAGAUCCUGUCAUUCGGCGACGAGCGCCCGAUUGAUCUCUACACCAAGUCAGGAGACAUCGGCACAUACUCAUCUGCGCUAGCUCUGGACCCAGAUCACGGCGCUGGCUUUAUAAUCCUCGGGGCUGGUAGCAACACCCACGUGUCUAUUGCCCUCGCCUCGGAUCUCGUUUCUGCAAGCAUGCUCCCCGCACUUGAACAAGCUGCCAAGAACCAAGCGUACGAGCGUUUUGCAGGAAGAUACGCUCUGAGCACCGGAAACUCCUCGAUCACCAUCACCACAGACGACGGACCUGCUCUAGUUGUCACGAGCUGGUUCAACAACGGAACUGACAUGUUCCCAGGCUACAUGGCCCUGAACGGCAUCUCCAAUCCCUCGCAGCUCAGCAUCCGCCUGUAUCCGACUGGACUCGAGAGUCCAGGACAGAUUUCCUUCCGGGCUGUAAUCCCGCUAACGCUGCCGGCUGGAAUUGGGCCAUUCACCUCAUCCUGCAUUACCUGGGUGACUGUUGAUUCGCAGAGAUACGGCAACGUGGGAAUUGACGAGUUUGUCUUUAACUUGGAUGAGAAUGGCAAUGCGGUUAGCGUUUCUCCUAGGGUGCUGCGCACUGUUCUUCCAAUUACUAGUAGCUCCGAUAGUUAA